UCACAAGGAGGAUGGCGGCAGAGAUGAAACGGCAUCAUCUGUAGUUGAUGCUAGAAUGUCAAGGGCUCUGUCCCCUCAUGGCAAAGGAAAAAACCAGCAGCAAUCUCAAGCUUCCAAUGCCAAUUCUUUUGUUGAUAAGAGUAAGAAGAACAAAGGAGGCAGAGGCACAAAGAAGCAAGUCUUUGAAUCCUAUAUGACAUCUGAGGAGGUUUCCCACUGUCUAAAAAGAGGAGAACUCAUUCAGGGGCCUUUAAGAAUAAACCCCAAGAAGUACCAUGAGGCUUUCAUCCCAUCUCCUGAUGGCAAGCGGGAUAUAUUCCUUGAUGGCAUCGUAGCUCGAAAUAGAGCACUGAAUGGGGAUGUGGUAGUGGUGCAAGUCCUCCCUCAGGAACAGUGGAAGGUUGUGAGGUCAGACACUGACUAUGAGGGCACCAGUGAAUCAGAGAAACCGACAGGAAAGAUGGCCCAAGUGGAAGGGAAGAAGACCCCAGCACCACCAAAGAAGACAGAGCGACCACCAAGUCCAGAUGUUAUUGUGGAAAACCAGUUCAGUGAGCAGGAUGAGAUUGUCAGCAGAGUUGGAAAUAUCACCCUUAGUGCCUCAGAGAAUGAGGAAAGGAGUGGACCUGAGGAAGACUCCUCAACCCUAAGACCCAAUGGAGAAAUUAUUCAAAGGACUGCUAAAGUGGUGUACAUUGUUGAGCGGAAACACUCCAGAGCAGUAACUGGGUUCCUCAAAUUCCUUCCUGACAAGCCCUUUGCCAUGUUCUCCCCUGUGGACCACAGAGUGCCCCGGAUUAAUGUUCCCCUGGCUGACUGUCCCGCUGACUUCAGUUCUCGCUCAGGCGACUACUUGAACACUUUGUUCAUCUGUCGUAUCACAGACUGGCCAGCCGACAACAACUUUGCUGAAGGCCGUCUUUCCAAGUCCUUGGGCCAGGCCGGAGAGAUUGAGCCAGAGACAGAGGGCAUUCUAACAGAGUAUGAUGUGGAUUUCUCUGAGUUCUCCGAUGAGGUACUGGAUUGUCUACCUAAAAACUUGCCCUGGGCCAUCCCGCCACAGGAGAUGUGUAAGAGGAGAGACCUGAGAAAGGAAUGCAUCUUCACCAUUGAUCCUGCUACUGCCAGGGAUUUGGAUGAUGCUUUGUCCUGUAAACCACUUCCUGAUGGUAAUUUUGAGGUGGGGGUCCACAUUGCCGAUGUAAGUUACUUUGUGGAAGAAGGCAAUGCUCUGGAUACCAUGGCCAGCCGGAGAGCCACCAGUGUGUACCUGGUUCAAAAGGUUAUUCCCAUGUUGCCCAGGCUGCUGUGUGAGGAGCUGUGCAGUCUUAAUCCUCUCAGUGACAGACUUACAUUCUCUGUCAUAUGGAGGAUCACACCCCAGGGGAAGAUUCUGAGUGAAUGGUUUGGCCGCUCCGUGAUCCGCUCCUGUGUGAAGCUGAGCUAUGACCACGCCCAGAAUAUGAUUGAAGCCCCUGACAAGCUGUGCAGUGCUGGAGAGUUGCCACCCGUGGACCCUGAUCAUCCCAUUGACGAGAUCCACCAAGCUGUGCUCAACCUGCACUCCAUUGCCCAGAACCUCCGAGCUCAGCGUUACGAUGGAGGAGCCCUCAGACUAGACCAAUUGAAGCUAUCUUUCAGCUUGGACAAAGAGAGCAUGAUGCCACAAGGCUGCUAUGUCUACCAAUACAGAGACAGCAACAAGCUUGUGGAGGAGUUCAUGCUGCUAGCUAACAUAGCCACAGCCCACCAGAUCUACCGGAUCUUCCCGGAGCAGGCAUUGCUCAGACGCCACCCUCCGCCUCAGACCAAGAUGGUUGAUGAGCUGCAGGAGUUCUGCGACCAGAUGGGGCUUGACAUUGACUUUUCUUCCGCUGGAGCAUUGCAUAGGAGUCUCCAUGCCACCCUUGGUGAUGAUAAGUAUUCUGUUGCCAGGAAAGAAGUCCUCACCAACAUGUGCUCGAGACCCAUGCAGAUGGCAGUGUACUUCUGCACCAGUGUGCUGAAAGAUGAGAUCCUGUUUAAACACUACGCCCUCAACGUUCCUUUGUACACCCACUUCACUUCUCCCAUCCGACGUUACGCAGAUGUCAUUGUACACAGGCUGCUGGCCUCCUCAUUGGGUUGCGUACCCUGUAUAGGUUUGACAGGAGAGGAGGUCCAUAAGCAGGCAUUACAUUGCAAUGACAAGAAAACUGCCUCUAAGAGAGUCCAGGAGCUCAGCACAGAUUUGUUUUUUGGAGCAUUUGUCAAGGAGUGUGGUCCUCUGGACUCUGAGGCCAUGGUGAUGGGAGUGCUGGAUCAGUCCUUUGAUGUGCUGGUGCUUCGCUAUGGGGUUCAAAAACGUAUUUAUUGCAAGUCUCUGGCAGGACUGGAGACAUUCCACUAUCACAAGGUGGGUAAAAAAGGAGAGCUGACUCUAAUCUGGGCAUCAGAGGACCCAAGGAAAUCCUCAGCACAGCAGGUCAUUUCAGUCUUCAGCAUAGUGGAGGUGCAGCUAAGAUCAGAUGGUGCUGCCGUCAAAUAUAAUGCUGUGCUGAAGAGGCCUGGUGACGAGGGAUCCUAAUGAAGACUCAGAUGUGCCAUAGACUACAUUAAAAACAUUUUUUAGUUCAUUUAAAUUUAAACUGAUUGAUUUUUACCCUGGGGGACCUGUGUCUCCGCCCAGAGGGGAGAAGAAUAAAUUCCUCCAAGAGUUGGUGGUCAGAGCUGGCUAAGAUUGACUGUGCCUUCUACAAAACUUGUCUGUCAUAGAUUUUUUUUGUUUGUUUUUUAUUUUUCCUCCUUUUUUCUCCCCAAUUACAUUUGGCCAAUUACCCCACUCUUCUGAGCUGUCCUGGUCGAGAAUCUACUCUUAUUUUCAAUCCAGUAGAAGGCAGUAUUGCAACGUUUUGGAUGCAAACAGCCUCUAAAAUCCAACGAAGAAGAAUCUAAAUUAACAAUAUGUAUACUUUUUAUUUUUUUAUUUUUUUGCUACAAUGGUGACCUGUUAGACAUGUAUUAUGCACCUAAGCUUUAGCAGUGUUAAGAAGGCUUUGUUGCGCCAACAAAGCUUACUUUUUUAUUCUUUUUUGCUUUUCCCCCCUUUUUCUUCCAUUUGUACUUGGCCAAUUACCCCACUCUUCCAAGCCGUCCCGGUCGCUGCUCCACCCCCUCUAUCGAUCCAGAGAGGGCUGCAGACUACCACAUGCCUCCUCCGAUACAUGGGGAGUCACCAGCCGCUUCUUUUCACCUGACAGCACCUAAGCUUUAGCGGUGUUAAGAAGGCCUUGUUAAUCCAACAAAGUUUACUGAACUGAAUUUAGUUGUUGUUUUUUUUUUUUGCAUCCCCCCCCCCUUUUUUUUUCAGUUAUACUUGGCCAAUUACCUCACUCU